GAGGAGGAGUAAACCUGCCGGGAGAAACAACGCCAUUUUCACCCAGUGCAGCUCCAGACAGAUGAGAUGCGUCUGAGCUGAGGUCUGGCUGUCUUCGCAAACACCGCGUCACACAUUAUGACUAUGUGUGAUUAAUAAUCUAUUGUUUCUGCGCCAUUCUGUGAUUUGAGCUCGUGCUGGAAGAAUCGGACUGCUGGUGCUGGCAGGAACUUCCCCCAUCGAGCACCGGAAGACUGGGGAGGACACACACAACUGGUCCGACUGCCUUAUUCCAGCCCCCAAACCCUCUCAACCAGACUGCGGGGUGUUAUAUUGACUUGAGUUUUGUGGUGGCACACAGAGGAAUAAACCCUGUUACAGUUGUGUGUGAUCUGGAUGUUCCACUGAACGGAUGCGUGAGGACAUGUCGAGCGUGGUGUGUGUGAAGGAGACGGAGGCGCAGGGGGACCCCGACGAGAAGCUGUCCCAGGACGAGCUGCUAUGUCGGACACGAGAGGUCAUGCAGGGGCUGGAGGCGCUCCGUGCAGAACAUCAGGUCAUCCUCGAGGGGCUGAUGGGGACCUUGCGCUGCCUCAAACAGAGCCAAGAGGGUCGUGCUGUUGAGGAGAAGACGGCCAUGAUUCAACGCUCCAUGGAAAUGCUGGAGCUGGGUCUUAGCGAGGCACAGGUGAUGAUGGCUCUGUCAGGGCACCUGAGUGCAGUGGAGGCUGAGAAACAGAAGCUUCGAGCACAGGUGCGGAGGCUGUGUCAGGAGAACCAGUGGCUGAGGGAUGAGCUGGCAGGAACCCAGCAGCGGCUGCAGAAGAGCGAGCAGAGCGUGGCUCAGCUGGAGGAGGAGAAGAAACAUCUGGAGUUCAUGAACCAGCUCAAGAAAUACGACCAGGACCUCAGCCCAUCAGAUGAUAAGGACUCUGAUUCCAGUAGGGAGACACUGGAUGACCUUUUCCCAGAUGAGCAGGAUGAACCCGGUCCUGGCAUCCAGCCUCCUCACAGCAGUGCAGUGGCAGCAGCGCAGCAGGGCGGUUACGAGAUCCCCGCUCGUCUCCGAACCCUCCACAACCUGGUCAUCCAGUACGCCUCACAGGGCAGGUAUGAGGUGGCCGUUCCUCUCUGCAAACAGGCUCUGGAGGAUCUGGAGAAAACAUCUGGACACGAUCAUCCGGAUGUAGCCACCAUGCUGAACAUUCUCGCCCUCGUUUACAGGGACCAGAAUAAAUACAAAGAGGCAGCAAACCUCCUUAACGAUGCAUUGGCCAUCAGAGAGAAGACCCUGGGCAAAGACCACCCUGCGGUGGCUGCCACUCUGAACAACCUGGCCGUUCUUUAUGGCAAACGAGGGAAGUACAAGGAAGCAGAACCUCUGUGUAAAAGGGCUCUGGAGAUCCGAGAGAAGGUGCUGGGGAAGGACCACCCCGAUGUUGCUAAGCAGCUGAAUAAUCUGGCCUUGCUGUGUCAGAACCAAGGCAAGUAUGAAGAGGUGGAGUACUACUACCAGAGAGCACUGGAGAUCUACCAGACCAAACUGGGCCCUGACGACCCCAAUGUGGCUAAGACCAAAAACAACCUGGCUUCAUGCUACCUGAAACAGGGGAAAUUUAAGCAGGCCGAGACUCUAUAUAAGGAGAUCCUGACCAGAGCCCAUGAGAGAGAAUUUGGCUCUGUAGAUGAUGAAAAUAAACCCAUCUGGAUGCAUGCCGAGGAGAGAGAAGAACAGAGCAAGGGCAAGCAGAAGGAUGGCUCUCCUUUUGGAGAAUAUGGUGGCUGGUACAAGGCCUGUAAAGUAGACAGCCCCACUGUGACGACCACACUGAAGAAUCUUGGCGCUCUCUACAAGAGACAGGGCAAGUUUGAGGCUGCAGAGACCCUGGAGGAGGCGGCUUUGCGCUCCAGAAAACAGGGUCUGGACACGGCACAUAAGCAGCGUGUGGCGGAGGUGCUGGGAGACCCUGAAGUACGAGAGAAGCAGCGGAGCCGUGAGAGCCUGACCUCUGACACGGUGAAAUACGAAAGCGGCCCUGACGGAGGAGAGGAAGUGAGUAUGAGCGUGGAGUGGAACGGGGAUGGCUCGGGCUCGUUGAAGCGCAGCGGUUCCUUUAGUAAACUGCGGGCCUCUAUCCGACGCAGCAGCGAGAAACUGGUCCGCAAGCUCAAAGGAGGCGGCUUACGAGAAAACGAACCCAAAAAUCCUGGCAUGAAGAGGGCCAGCUCUCUUGGAGUUCUCAACCAGCCGGAUAUUCCUGUGGGAGAACUCAAAGACCGAAAUAAUCGUCUAAGGAAGACGCGGGACCUGAGUUCCAGUCACACUGACCUGGCGCAUUGACGGUCUGCUGUUGGAUGUCCCGAUGAAGAGAGGUACUACGAGGUCUCAUCAUCGGGCUGACGUGAGCUGUGUUCAGACAGGACUACCUUCUCUGGAGGUUACUUUUGCUCUCGAGUCUUUGUAUAUGUUUAAUUUCUGGCAAGUUAGCUGUAGAAAUUAUGUAAAAAAAAAAAUCUCAACCAGAACCAAAGUGCGCAACAAAUUUGAAAUCGUGUUCUGCAAAGAUGAAAAGAAAUCCAAGAAAAAAUCAAUAAUGCUAUUGGGACUCAGGUUGAGACUAGACACUUUUUUCUGCUUUCAUUGGAUUUUUCUGUUUUAUUUCGAGAUGUACGUUGAUGCUUUUUGAAACCAACAACUAUAGGACCGUUUUUAUUGUUGAUUAUAGUGACUUGAGUAACAGGUGUGCAUAUUUGACUGUUUAUAGACAAAAUUGUCCCAUUUUUCCCUCUUUGCAACUUAAUAUUCUGCCAUUGACUAGAUUAAUGUUGAAUACCUUGAGUUACACCAGAGGACCAUGAUGAUGCUCAUAUUCCCUAGAUAAAGUGAGAACUGCACCGUGUUAAUGAAGGUCCAUGUUUACAUGAGUGAUGGUUCAAUGAUGCACAUUUUUUUAUUGCUUUUAAGAAGUUGGAGGGACAGGCCUUAUUUCUCUAAUGGGUUCUAUAACACAAGGAAAAUGAAAAAUCCUCCCUCGUAGUAAAAAGAAAAAGAUUUUAGAUGGUUUACGCUGCCAUGGUUGAAUAAGAAUGUGGAUUAAAUCUCAGGACUGAAAGAACAGAUUCAGUAUGCAAAGUAACUCUGCACUUUGAACGAUCUCAUAGGAUAAUGUUACACUUAUCAACCCAUUAACUGUUACGAAACUAAAUUUAGUUGUUUACCUCAGUUUUAUCGAUCGCAUUUGGUUUAUAGAUGCUUUCGGUUGAUUUAAAUGUCGGCUUUGCUUCACUUCUUACACCACCUGAAUAUUGAAGGUUUUCAUGAACAAUAACAGCAGGAAGCCUUUAUCUUUCUGUUAUUUGUGAGGUAAAAGCAACAGUAUGUUAUCUCACAUGGAGUUACUCCAGAUAAAAAUGCACUGGAAUAUAAAUUCUGUCCCCAGAUGUUUAACUACAGUACCUGUUUGAAAGCAGGCGUGCCUUGUGAGUGCCUCGGGCAGGUACUAAUGAAUGUGGAAGUUGUUGAUUUUUGUGUAUGACGACAGAACAGUUUGAACUCUUUAAGGUCAAAUGUCAGUCAUGAUAUUACUAAAUGCAUACUUUUUAAUACUGUGGUCAAUAUAUAUCAGUGUAUAAUGUCAAGGACUUGUGUUAAUAUAGUGCACUGCUCAACUGGCCGCCUUGACUUUGUUUCUACGUCUUCUGUAUUCAUGUAACUCUUUCACUAUAACCUUUUUAUUGGUGUAAUAUAUUAUAUUACUGCCUGAUGCAGUUGAGUGUGUGUGUGUGGAUAAGUGUGUUUUCUCUGUAAAACGCAUGUUAAUUCUCUGCAUUGUGACCAUGUGCAAUAGGGUAGCUGCUGUGUGUUGAGUGGAUUUGAUCUCACAUCCGAUGUUUUACUGACUAAAGCUGGAAUAUCCACUCGGCUUGUGUGUUUUAGUUGUCUUUACGGAGUUUAAAUGAAUAAAUAGGCCUAUAUCAUUUGCAUUUUUAUAGAUAGAGGAUCCAGUUGCGUUAUGUCACUAAUUUGAGCUUUGCUACACACUAGUGGGACUAAAUGUGCCCUUCACAUGUUUGAAAUUCAUUUUCAGACUGUUUAUAUGUGAUUAUAUGUGUUUUUUUGACUGUUGAUCAGUUUUUUGAGAAUGGGGUUACUGACGUGGCACUCCCUGAAAUUAGAUGAUUUUAAUGCUAAAAUCCAUAUGCAAUUGCAUAGUCUUUAAAAGGUUCAAUUUAAAUUUAACGAAAGGCAAUAUAGCAUCAAAAAUAUUAUAAAAUUUAGGACAAACCAUGCGUGUAGUAGCAGGGACUGCUGUGACCUGUAUAACCCUGACAUAUUUAUUUUUGUGGUUAUUGUUGUUGCAUUUCUACUGUCCGUCUCUGUCUUCUACCACUUGUGUUCAUUAAUGUUGUGUAUUUUGUUUCUGUGUAUCCUGAAUUUCGCACUGGACUCGUGUAUCUUCCACUUUCUCAGGCUGCCGCUGCGCUGGCUAAGCUGCAUUUACUGCCGUGUUUUUGGUGUUACUUAUAUUAUCGUAUGGUAUAGUGUACAUAUACUUGAAUAAAGACAACAGAUGUACUCUA